AAGGGAGGGGAGAGGAGGGGGGGGGUGAGGAAUUAGUAGGCAGGCCCUUUCUUCCUUCCCAAACGCCCGCCCAGGAGCUCCUGGAGGGGGUCAGAAGCUUUGGGAAUCCUCCACCACCACCCCAACCCGGAAGCUCGCUCCCUUUCCAGGCCAGCUCUGGAAGAUGGAAGACCAAAAGGAUGACCUGAGGAAGAUCGUCACAACCCUCGCAGUGAAGAACGAAGAGAUCCAAAAUUUCAUCUAUUUGCUCAAGCAGAUGCUUCAAAAUGUGGAGAGCAAUUCGAAUCGGGUUCAAGAAGACCUAGAAGCCGAGUUCCAAUCUCUCUACAUCCUGCUGGAUGAGCUCAAGGAAGGGAUGUUGAUGAAAAUCAAACAAGAUCGAGCCAGCCGGACUUACGAGCUGCAGAACCAGCUGGCAGCGUGCACAAAAGCUUUGGAAAGCUCAGAGGAGCUGUUAGAAACCGCCAACCACACCCUCCAAGGAGCUGAGAAUCAUGACUUCUACCAGGCUGCUAAACAGAUCAAGGACAGCGUGACGAUGGCCCCGGCCUUCCGCCUCUCGCUCAAGGCUAAAGUAACUGACAACAUGAGCCACUUGAUGGUGGAUUUUGCCCAGGAGCGCCAAAUGCUACAGACUCUCAAAUUCCUGCCAGUUCCCAGCGCGCCUGAGAUAGAUGUGGCUGAAUCGUUGGUGGCCGACAACUGCGUAACACUUGUUUGGAAAAUGCCGGAAGAAGAUAGCAAGAUCGACCAUUACGUGAUGGAAUAUCGCAAGACCAACUUUGAAGGGCCUCCACGGGUCAAGGAAGACCAUCCCUGGAUGGUUAUUGAAGGGAUCAGACAAACCGAGUAUACGCUGUCCGGGUUGAAAUUUGACAUGAAGUACAUGAAUUUUCGAGUCAAAGCCUGCAACAAAGCGGUGGCAGGAGAGUUUUCGGAGCCGGUCACUUUGGAAACAAGAGCCUUCAUGUACCGCCUGGAUGGCAGCACCAGCCACCUGAACCUCAAGGUGGAAGACCUGAGUGUGGAAUGGGACGCCAUGGGUGGGAAGGUACAAGACAUGAAAGCGCGAGAAAAGGACGGGAAGGGCCGAACCGCCUCCCCGGUUAAUUCUCCAGCCAGGUGUGUCCAGUCUCCGAAAAGGAUGCCGACAGGCCGCGGAGGGAGAGACCGAUUCACCGCCGAAUCCUACACGGUGUUAGGGGACACUCUGAUUGACAGCGGUGACCACUACUGGGAGGUGCGUUACGACCGGGACAGCAAGGCCUUUGCGGUGGGCGUGGCUUAUCGGACUUUGGGCAAGUUUGACCAGCUGGGCAAAACUUCUUCUUCCUGGUGCCUUCAUCUGAAUAACUGGCUGCAGGUCAGCUUCACAGCCAAACACAACAACAAGGCCAAAAUUUUGGACAUCCCAGUUCCGGAUAUUCUAGGCGUCUAUUGCAAUUUUCACGAAGAGCCCCCCUUUUUUUCCCUUUUCCUUCUUUUGCAGGAUUCCUCUCGUUCUACAACGCCAAAACCAAACAGUUGCUUCACACGUUUCGGGCCAAAUUUACCCAACCUGUUCUCCCGGCCUUUAUGGUGUGGUGUGGCAGCUUCCACGUCUACUCCGGUUUGCAAGUUCCCAGCGCCGUCAAAUGCCUUCAGAAGCGCAACAGCGCGACUAGCAGUUCCACUACCAGCCUCACUUAGUGACGCCCGUCACGUUCCUCCUUUCCAAGACGGAGAGACAGUCCAUUCACGGUCACAGACCCCACUGUAUUUAAAAAAAAACAAACACCACCAAUAUAUCUUCUUUUUUUUUUUUUUCUUCCAGGUUUUGGACCCAGGGGUCUCCAAACUUGGGAACUUUAAGCCUCAUGGACUUCAACUCCCAGAAUUCCCCAGGCAGCAUGGAGAGCGUGGUCCAUAAGUGGCACCCGCCUCUAUAAUCCUGGGAUACGAAGAUCCAUCUUCCAACUAUGGGACCAGAGACUUCUAAGGUGCCUGGAUCCAUAAUUCAUCCUAGAGGACGGAAACCAUAGAGAGGGAAUCUUUGGAAGUCCAGCUCCUUGGCACCAAGUCGAGGAAGCCAUUUUGAUGUCUUUCAAACCAAACAUGGCCGGCUGAGGAAUUCUGGGAGUUGAAGUCCACGCGUCUUAAAAUGGCCCCAGUUUGGAGACCCCCCCCUGCUUUAAGCACUCGUCGUGGAGACUUACAAGACGUUAGCUGGAAGAUAUUAGAUGAUUUAGAUGGGAUUGCAAAAAAAAAAAAAAAUGGUGCCCUUGAUGGAUUUUAAUCCCAGGGUUCCCCCUCGGUUAUCCGGUGCCGUCAGUGGGGUGACGAGAUGGCGCCUCUCGUGUAGCACGAAAAUUUGUUGAAAAAAAAAAAAAGGACAUUAGAAGCACUGUGCAUUCUCUGGUUUUCUGACCCCUCACACCCCAAAAUUUUCCCCAAAUUUACAGAGGCAAGCCACUCCCGUUGCAGAGAGCAAAAUUCUGCAAAAAUGAGUCUGCAAAACUCUUUAAUCUGGCCUGAAUGAAUUACUCACCCAAUCCAAAAUCUCUUUUCUUUUUUUGGGGGCUGGAUUUUGGAAAAGGGGAACGUUGCUUCAAAUGAUAAACAAUGGAUUUGUCUGAAUUUUGGCUGUCGGCUUGCGAAAGCUAGGUUAUUUCUUCCGAACGGUCUCGAGGGGAGAAAACCGUUUUUUCCGUCGCUGUUAUUCGAGUCAUGAUUUUAUCCGGAAGAAUAAACUAAGAUGCUAGUCCUCAAGAAGAAACCUAAGAUUCUAAUCCUAAAAAAAAAAAAAAUAGUUUCUAGUCCUCAAGAAUUAAAAAAAAACCCUAAAGAUUCUAGUCGCGAAUAAUCUAAGAUUCUAGUCCUCACGUUUCUGAAUAAAAGGCUGCUUAGAAAGGAAA